AUGAAACAACAGCAACCCUAUUUCAUAAGACCUCCUAAUCUUUCAUCUCGUCAUUCUACAAAUAAGAUAAGCUUUCUCAAUAAAGAGGAUACCCCUUCGAACAGUUAGGGAGUUCGAAGGAAAACUCCCAUUAUUGCUCAGCCAUUACACUCUCCCUCUCAAUUCAAAGAUUUGUAACUCUAUUAUAAGUAUGAAGACAUCGUAUAAACCCUAAUAAACGUAUUCCAACUCUCAAUUCUCCAUUGCAUGAUGGAUCUAUAUCAAAGUAUAAAAUUAUCAACGAUUUAUCUGUUUACAAAUUACCAAUAACCAGAAGAAUCAAAUCAGAUGAUUAGACAUCCAAAAUUGUACCUACAAAGAAACAGAAGAGUUAACAUAUCAAUAAUAUAAAGUUAAGAACUGACAGAAGAAAAAACUUUACCCCCUUAACUAAAAUGAAAACAGAACCUAAUGAAAUUGCCACACAUUCCAUUACUAAAUAAGAUGAAUCUCAAGAUAUUUUAUUUCGUCUUCAUAAAUAAUCAAUUCCAACAGAACCAAGAGAUAAAUUUGAAUCAAUAUUGGGUGAUAAAAUUGUUAGUGGUAUAAAGAAAAUUGAAAAAAAGACUGAAAAUUUUAUAGAACUAGAAGAAGAUAGUUAAUUCUUUUUGGAAACAAAAUAAAAUAAGAAAAAUAAAGAAAUCCCUAUUUUAACUUAAGAAACUAAAGAAAGAAUUUUAGAUUUACUUUGUUUGUCUACUUAAGAUUUGAAAAAAAAAUUCUCUGAAUAAAAUAGAAUAGGGAAUUCUAAAAUCAAUGUAAGGUAGCCUAACAAAUUAGUCAUUCCAAGAAAUGGAAAAUCUAAAUUUCCGUUAGAUUUUUUUAAUGCUCUUCUACCUAAUUCUAUUUUUAAUUGA